ACAGGGGAGAAACCGUAUAAAUGCAUGGAGUGUGGAAAGAGCUUCACGAGGAAUGAUAAACUAAUUGCCCAUGUUAGAAUUCACACAGGGGAGAAACCACAUAAAUGUAUGGAGUGUGGAAAGAGCUUCCUAAGGAGCACAGAACUUACUUCCCAUAAAAGGAUCCACACAGGAGAGAAACCAUAUAAAUGCACAGAGUGUGGAAAGAGCUACAGUCACUCUAGUAGUCUGAGUGCCCAUAAAACUAUCCACACAGGGGAGAAACCACAUAAAUGCAUGGAGUGCGGAAAGAGCUUCAUAAGGAGCACAGAUCUUACUUCUCAUAAAAGGAUCCAUACAGGAGAGAAACCACAUCAAUGUAUGGAGUGCAAAAGGAGCUUUAGUCGCUACAAUACCCUUAUCUCCCAUAAAACCAUCCAUACAGGGGAAAAAUCAUAUACAUGCAUGGAUUGUGGAAAGAGCUUCAGGACAAACAGUUCUCUAACUUCCCACAAAAGGAUCCACACAGGGGAGAAGCCAUAUAAAUGCAUAGAGUGUAGAAGAAGCUUCCGGACAAGUAGUUACCUUACUUCCCAUAAAAGAAUUCACACAGGGGAAAAACCCUAUCAGUGCAUGGAUUGUGGAAAAAGCUUCAAUCUCUCCAGCACCUUUGCUUUCCAUAAAAGGAUCCAUACAGGGGAGAAACCCUAUCAAUGCAUGGACUGUGGAAAGAGCUUCAGUCACCCCGGUACCCUUACUUCCCACAAAAGGGUUCACACAGGAGAGAAACCCUAUCAAUGCAUGGACUGUGGAAAGAGCUUCAGUCAUCUCAGCACCCUUACUUCCCACAAAAGGAUCCACACAGGAGAGAAACCCUAUCAAUGCAUAGAGUGUGGAAAGAGCUUCAGUCACUCCAGCAACCUUGCUUCCCAUAAAAGGAUCCACACGGGAAUGAAAAUAUAAAUCCCUAGCAUGUGGAAAGGGUUUUACUUCUCAACUUACUUCCCAUAAAAAAAAUCCACAGUGAGGAUUAAGUGUAUAAAUGCAUAAAAUGUGGUAAGAGCUUUCAUUUUUGGGAUCUGAUCACCCAUGAAGGAUGACACAUGGAAAAUUAACCCGAUUGCUUCACUGAGAACGUUCACCUUAAUUGACUUCAAAAGGAGGUAUCUGUGUAUAUCCCAAAUUUGCUACUAAUUUUUCUUGUCUGAGAUCACACCAGGCCUUUGAGGGUGAGCAGUAUCCUACCUUUCAAACACUGGUUGUGUUCAGGAGGAAAUCUAAAUUUGAUUUUCAAGCAAUAUGAAGAUCAACAUGUUAAGUAUACAUUAUACAUAUGCUCCUUUGUAAUUUAGUGAUUAUUCUUGUCAUGUUAAAUGUUAUUGGCUGAUGAUCAACCUUACAAGGGGCUUUGGGAGCCAUACCCGAAUUUUCCAAGGGCCCUUGUGACCCUUUGGUCUGUGGUUGUGCAGAAUUUACUCUGGGCUCUCAGAUGAUAGGGUUGACCCUGCUUUUAUUUGCAGCUUCCCCCCAAGCAAAGUGUAAAGUGCUAGAGAAAGAAAAAGUUUUUUUUCCUUUUUUUAUAUGUGAUUUUAUUAAAGAUUUUUAAAAA